AUGCAACAGGGGAUGGAGCAGGCGCAGCAAGGGGCAGAGAACCAGCAGCAGCCUAAACAGGAGACGGCGAGCAAUCCGGCGAAGCUGCAGGCGGGGGUGGAGCCACUCCAGGAUGGGUUGGAUAAGCUGAAUAAGGUGGCGGCCUUGCUGCAGGACGGUGUAGUGAUGGAGAUACAGGGGAAUGAGGUGAUCCUGAUGGAGGGAGUGAGGAAGGUGCACGCGGGGUUAGACAAGUUGCGAGAGGCACUCAACCUGCUGAAGAGCGGCUCGUCGACGAUUCUGGACGGCACGGAGACGGAUAUCCUCCCGACGGUGAAGAAGCGGGCGGAUGUGGUGUUGGAAGGGAUGACGGGACUGGAGGGCGCAGUGGGCGCGCUGGUUGACGCGGCGAUGAUGGUGGAAGACGGGAUAGUAAGCGACGCACGGGCCGGAGCAUCUGCAACACGGGGCGGAGCAGCCGUAGCACGGGGUGGAGCAGCUGCAGCAGGGGGCACAACAGGCGCAGCAGGGGGCGGAGCAGGUGCAACAGGGGGUGGAGCCGGCGCAGCAGGGGACGGAGCAGGCGUAGUAAGGGGCGGAGAGCCAGCAUCAGCCUCAACAGGAGACGGCAAACGAUCUGGCAAAGCUGCAGGCGGGGGUGGCGUAAGUCCAAGAGGGGGCGGAUAA